AUGGCGUCGGUGGAGCUUCCGCUGGGGUUGCCAAGAACCGUGGUGCUGAAGAACAAGAACAGCCACACUUUCCUGCGCUACACAAACGAAGAAGGCGGACAGCAAGGCCUCCUCCAGUUCACGGGGAAGGAAGCCGCGAGCCCUCUGGCCAAGUUCAACGUGGAAGCCUCCAAGACAACGGAAGGACUGGUCCACAUCCGGUGCGCCUCCAACAACAAGUACUGGAGGAGAUGGACAUCCAGCAACGACUGGAUCGCCGCCGCCGCCGACAGCCCCGAGGAGGACCAGUCCAAGUGGUCGUGUACGCUCUUCAAGCCCGUCAAGGUGGAGUCCGACGACCAGGCCCUCCUCGUCCGCUUCCUCCACGUCCAGCUCAACCACUACGCCUCCCUCUUCGCCGGCGCACAUCCUUACACCUUCUUUCUGUUCGCCGGAACGGCAUCGCCCAACAAAGACCUCUACGACGUGUGCGAGGUGGUGGAUCGGGAAGCGCUCGUCGUGCUGCCUCAGCACGUGGUGUUCAAGGGCGACAACGGGUCCUACCUCCGUCUUAGCGAGUUGGAAACUAGGAACGCGCUCCUUGAGUUCGACGCCAAGGACAUUGGCGAUCCGGGUGUCGGCCAUCAGGUGUUCACCGCCACAGAUGGAGCCAUUCGGAUCAGAGCCAGCAAGAACGAUUAUUUCUGGGGUUUUUUCCCCAAUAUGAUCUUUGUGGAGUCCGAGGACGCUAGCACCAACAACCCGGACAACCUGUUUUGGACUGUUAAACUAGACAAGAACGUCAUCGCUUUACGCAACCAGGGCAACAGCUUGUUCUGCGCUCGGAAUACAUACUUGGAGCAAAGCGCCUACCUUGAAGCUGGGGUUCCCACCAUCACCCAGGAGGCGAGGCUCCAGGUAGAGGAGCAGGUGCUGUCCAGGGAGAUUUACGACGUAAAAUAUCGCCUCCUGGACGCACGAAUCUACGACCAGAAGAUCAUCACCGCGGCCACGGAGGACACCACCAACGACAGCCCCAACCCAGUGACCAACACGCUGACGCUGACGCACACCGACUCCAAAAGCACCCAGUGGGAAGACAACGUCACCGUCCAGCUCGGAGUCACUGCUUCGCUGACAUGUGGCAUCCCCUUUAUCGGGGAAGCGUCCAUUGAGGUCUCGGCGGAGGAGUCCCACUCCGUCACCUGGGGUGAACAGCACGAAACCUCCGACACGCUGUCCAACCAGUACGACGCGACGGUGAGUCCCUACAGUAAGAUGAAGGUGAGCCUGGUGGCGACGCAAGGUACCUGUGACGUCCCGUUUUCCUACACCCAGAGGGACGUUCUGUUCGACGGCACACCGGUUACGUACCAGAAGGACGACGGAGUCUACACCGGGGUUAACAGCUACAACUACCAGUAUCAGACCAAAGAGGAGCCCCUGCCCAACAGGCCGCCACCGCCCGCUUCAUCAUCGGCUUGA